AUGAUAUCUGGAGACAAACACAAAACUAAUGGACCACACUCAGGUAAUUCUCUCCAUCAUAAUAAUAAUAAUAAUAACAAUAAUAAUAAUAAUAAUAAUAAUAAUAAUAAUAAUAAUAAUAAUGAUAGUAAUAAUAAUAAUAAUAAUAAUAAUGAUAGUAAUAAUAAUAAUAAUAAUAACAAUAAUGAUAGUAAUAAUAAUAAUAAUAAUAACAAUAAUGAUAGUAAUAAUAAUAAUCACAACAACAACAACAACAACAAUAACAUCAAAAAAUAGUUAGAAACAAAGAACUAAAAUAAACUUCAUAUGUGGGCAAAAAACCCAUGAGUAUUGCUCAGCCGAGAUCUGCUUCCCAACGACAGAAGGGAAGAUGACAGACACGACGUCCCAAAGUCGACAUCAGCACUCCAUUCCAACGAUUAUGUCCCAAAGUCUCGUUAAUCUCAAAGGAUCAUCAUGCUUGAUCAUGUGCUGGAUAUAAGAGCAUAAAUACACCUAGGUAACCCGACUUUGACAUUUAGAGCACGUUGUCUGGACUGGAUAAGUUUUCGUCAACUAUUUAAUGCACAUAAUAGCCUUAAAAAGCUAAUCAGCAAAUCUAUUUUCAAAGGAACUUAAAAUUUUUUAAAGAGUAUAUUUUCAAAUAACACAAAUUAACUGGGUGACAUCAACUAAAAAAUUCAAAGUCAACUCUUGUUAAAAAAUGACCAUUCAUCUUGAUCCCAUUAAUUCUUUUAUGGAUUUCAUGAUAUAAUUCAUUCAUUCAUUCUUUCUUUAUUUUCUUUAUUCUUCAUCUUAAAAUGCAGAAGUCCACAAACGAAAAGUCCCCCUUUCAUCCCUAGGCCCAAUUUUUUUUUAUGCCUCUAUUCCAUCAUCUUUUCUUCCCUUUCCAACUUUCACAUUAAUAAAGAUCGCAUCUAGUAGAUAUGGAGAGAAAAUGCUUGCAUCCUUGUCAAACUAGAUAAAGCCCAAAUCAAAAUAAAAUCAAUAAAACCCGGAUAAAGAAACUUCGAUACGUCCUAAUUACUAUGGUGCAUAAUGAUGGUCUCACAGAGCACCAAGGUUCAGAUGACUCUAUCAAAACAGAUAGUAUCUAGAAGAUAAGCCAAAGCGUUGAUGAGACAUGAUGUAUAUGUGAGUCACAGGAAAGCUGAAAUCCCAAGAGAAUUCCCCUCUGCAAAGCUCAUCUUUAAGAGAGAACAAUAUACAGAGAAGAAAGAGAUGAUUAGGGUAGAACGUUAAAACAGCUACCAUUGCAAAAUUUAAUCGCUCCACACAGACACCAAGCCGAAAAGCAACUCUCCCACAACCAUCAACUACCUUACAGCCUCUCAAGGUAAACCCUCUCGUUGAACAGGUUACGACGGGAAAUUGGGGAAGAACAGCAGAGAGAUCUUGGAAAGAAUAAGCAAGAUUUUGGGGAGAAAUUAACCCGAGAAGAAUUUUCUCCAUGGGUCUACUUUACGAGGAUGAGGGGGGGGGGGGGGUCUCCCAACUAGAAUCAGCAUCUACAUGGACAUGCACUAACGGACCAGUCACCUAAUUGAGGAAGACUCAACAAGCGUGGGGUGGAGACAACAGAGAGCUAUAUCUUGUGUUGGACCAUUCAAAGAAACGAUUGAUCAUAUAUAUUUUCAGGAUGUAACAUCAUGA